AAAUCAACCGGACAACUGCGUCACAUAAUUCAGGAGCAUUCCUGACCACAAAGGUCUGUAUGGAUCGCGUCAAUGCAGCGUGAGCGAUCUGGAAAGGUAGAAGCCUUGAGAAUGAUAAUGGAAGGAAAAGCGACGUUGAAGCAGAGAGAAAGGAACUUAUUUUUUUUUUCGAGCUUUAAGCAGUAAAAGUCUUAGUGGGGCUGGGCACUAGAUCCGCAUCGGAGAAAUUAGUGUGGCUGGGUGAGUGGCUGGUGAAGACUGGCAGUAGCCACAUUGCGCGCGCCACUACCUAGGUAGGCCGGCAACAAUCAAUGUACUAGGUAAUAUUUGUAACAGGCUGCCGAUUAAUAGGUAGAUGCUCACAUAACGUAUUGUACAGCUAUGAUUACAGCAGCCUGCGAACAGCUCGAUCACAUACCUACCUAGCGGCAAGGAACAAGCCAAGAUAAACUGGCAAGGAUUUAUUUAACAAUGGAGGGUCUAUUUGCAUUGGGAUCCAACGGCUCAGGGCAGUUAGGCCUGGGCCACAAGGAAGACGUGUCCGUACCCAAACAGGUUGAGUUCGACCAGACUCCCCAGAACGACCCUGUCGUCGAUGUGGCAGCAGGCGGUAACCACACGAUUCUUAUCACGGCAUCCGGCAAUGCGUAUUGGAGUGGUGACUAUACUAACGGUUGCUGUGGAAUCGUCGAUGGCGAAGAAAAAGUGAACAGCCGCCCUAUAUUUCAGAAACUAAGCCUACCAGGUUUCCCUGGUACUGGCUGUAACCAUAUCAUGCAUGCUGCCUGCACAUGGGACAAAACGAUCCUUGUCGUGGCCGAUGAAAAUCACCAGGUAACAAUGGUAUACAUUUGUGGUGAGACCGGGGACCUGGGCCAAGUUCCCGCAUCUGUCCCUGACUUCCCUCCCGCUGGGACUACCGUGAACAGCCUUGCAGCCGGAUUCAGACAUGUCGUUGUCGUGCUUGAUAACGGAGAUGUCUAUGGUUGGGGUAACGGAAGGCACGGUCAGUUAGGCCAGCUAGAGGACGGCGUGGAUGCCAGAGCCGUAGUCACCAAGCCUAGAAAAAUCGAUGGCGUUCCCUUCAAAGCGGUCAAAGCAGUCUGUUGUCAAUACACGACCUGUCUGGUUGCAGAACCCGGGGAUGGGAGAGUCUUGGUUCUGGGGGCUGAUAAAUGGGGACUGAAGAGUCAAGCUCCCCCCGAAAUACCCAACUGGAAAGCUGUGUCGGCCUGCUGGGGGAGUAUAUACGCCCUUAAGCGUGAUGGGACGCUGUUAGCGUGGGGCCGAGAUGAUCAUGGUCAGCUACCACCCCCUGGGCUUCCGGAAGUAUCCCAUAUCGCAGGUGGAAGUGAGCAUGUCGUAGCUUUAACAGAAGCUGGCGAAGUACUGGCCUGGGGAUGGGGGGAGCACGGCAACUGUGGACCUCACACAGAGGAGAAAUCUGGCGAUGUGAAAGGGCGUUGGAACGUGCUUGCUUCAGUGAAGAAUCUCCCUGAGGGAGCGAGUAUAACAGCUAUUGGAGCUGGCUGUGCAACAAGCUGGGUUAACAUUAUGGCAGAAGGUCUUUACUUAUAACCAGGCCGGGAAUCGU